AUGAGUCGACAAUUUAGUUCCAAGUCUUUGUGCCAGAGUGGAGGAGGCUUCAGCUCUGGCUCUGGUGUUGUCAGCUCUCCGUGCCGGACCAGCAGCAGCUCUGUGCGCCGUAGUGGAGGAGGUGGUUGGAGAUUUUCAAGCUGUGGUGGUGGAGGUGUUGGUGGCGGUGGCUUUCAAAGUCGGAGUCUUGUUAGCCUUGGUGGCAGUAAAAGUAUCUCCGUAAGUGUGGCUAGAGGAGGUGGACGUAGUUAUUUCGGUGGUGGUUAUGGCGGUGGCAGCUUUGGUGGUGGUGGCUUUAGUGGCAGUUAUGGCAGUGGUGGACGUUUUGGUGGUGGUGGUUUUGGCUGUGGAGGUGGUUUUUGGCCUGUCUGUCCCCCUGGUGGCAUUCAGGAAGUCACCAUCAACCAAAUCCUUCUGCAGCCCGUCCUUGUGGAGAUCGACCCUCGGAUCCAAGAAAUCAAGUCUCAAGAAAGGGAGCAAAUCAAAUCACUCAACAACCAAUUUGCCUCCUUCGUUGACAAGGUGAUGAGGUUCCUGGAGCAGCAGAACCAGGUGCUACAAACAAAAUGGGAGCUGCUGCAGCAGAAAGACACCUCCAUUAAAAUCUGCACUUUGGAGCCCUUAUUUGAGCAAUACAUCAGCCACCUCAGAAAUAGAGUGGACCAACUGAAGACUGACCAGUCUCUGAAAUGUUUGGAACUGAAGAACAUACAGGACCUGGUGGAGGAUUAUAGGAGGAAGUAUGAGGAUGAGAUCAACAGGCAGACUAAUGCAGAGAAUGAAUUUGUGACCCUCAAGAAGGAUGUGGAUGCUGCUUAUAUAAACAAGGUGGACCUUCAGGCCAGAGUUGACAACUUGCGUCAGGAAAUUGAGUUCCUCACAACACUGUACCAAACAGUAAGUUUUCUAAUAUCAACCAAGUUUACCCACCUGGAGAACCUUUAAGCCUAAACCCACCACUAGCCAAGAAAAUACAGGUGUAUCUUCCA